CGUCUCUAAUAAAAACACAAAAAUUAGCCAAGUGUGUUGGCGCAUGCCUGUAGUUCCAGCUACUCGGGAGGCUGAGGCAGGAGAAUCACUUGAAUCCAGCAGGCAGAGGUUGCAGUGAGCCGAGAUCACGUCACUGCACUCCAGCCUGGGCAACAGAGUGAGAUUCCGUCUCAAAAAAACAAAACAAAACACAAACCUGGGGUGCGGUGGCGCUUGCCUGUAAUCCCAGCACUUUGGGAGGCUGAGGCAGGCGGAUCACCUGAGAUCAGGAGUUCGAGACCAGCCAGACCAACAUGGUGAAACCCCGUCUCUACUAAACACAAAAAAAGAAAAAAAUUAGCCGGGUGUGGUGGCGCAUGCCUGUAAUCUCGGCUACUUGAAAGGCUGAGGCAGGAGAACAGCUUGAACCCAGGAGGCAGAGGUUGCUGUGAGCCCAGAUUGUGCCAUUGCACUCCAGCCCGGGCAACAAGCGCAAAACUCCGUCUCAAAAAACAAACAAAAAAAACCCCUGGGGUCCUUUUAUGCCCUUUCUGGGCACGACGCUCACCGGAUGUGUGCAGCCCGCCACUGGGCUACAACGUAGGGGUUUAGAGCUGACUGUGGAACCGGUGAGUCACCGAGGCAGGGCCCGACGGCAAGUGGACCAGCCGUCUGGGUUUCCCUGGAGGACCCAAUAUUAAAACUGGGAAUGUCCCUCAAAAAAGUGGGAUGAGCCGAUCACCUUAGGCCCUAGGACGAGGAGGACUUGUUCCGGCCCAGGGAAGAGAAUAGCCCCUGGGUUGGGGGGACUUCCAGAGAGCCAGGCUUGCUGCUGCCUCCUGACAGCUGCCCAAACCUGUGCGGCUGGAUUCCUGGAGGCCCCUGGAAGGCUGUAAGGGAGCCCACUGACCGGCUUGCCUCCGUCUGCAAUCUCUGCUCUCCCCACCCCCACCCUGUGAAAUCUGAGCCCCAGGGGCUGGGUGAGCUGGACAAACCCGCCACAAGAUUCCCUGAGUCCAUCAAUGGCCAUUUUCCAGCCCCUGUAUCACCCAUCUUCCAGACUCUGUGGGGCCACCAGGUCAGCCCCCCUCGUACUGGAGGAGCCCCCCUCAGUGGAGAAGUCUAGAGGGUGGUGAAGAGGAGGCUUCUGUUUACCUUACAGACCAGCUGAUUGGCACUGGCCUGUCUCUGUGUUUGCAGGGGAGGAUCUUAAGCUGUUUUGGGUCAAGGCCCCUUUGCAAAUCUGAAGCAAAGUAUGUAUCUCUCUUCCAAAAGUAUCAUUUUUUUUUUAAGAGACAGGGUCUCACCUAGGAUGGAGUGCGGUGGCAUAAUCAUAGCUCACUGCAGCCUCCAACUCCUGGGCUCAAGAGAUCCUCCUACCUCAGCCUACCGAGUAGCUGGGACUACAGACAGGAACCACCUAACUCAACUAAUUUUUGUAUAUAUAUAUAUAUAUAUAUUAUUUUUAGAAAUGGGGUCUCACUAUGGUUGCCCAGGCUGGUCUCAAGCUCCUGGCCUUAAGCAGUCCUCCCACCUUGGCCUCUUACGCGCUGGGAUUACAGGCGUGAGCCUCAGUGCCCGGACCCAAAAGAUGCCAAAACCCUUUCGCUGAAGUGAUGCUCAUACCCCUAGGUUUGAACCCUGACCGCUCCUUGAGGUUAGAGCCCUUUAUACACAAUGUCCCACCGACUAGGUGAGGGGCACUGAGCAGGGGUGUGCCUGGCCACUGGCUCCCCAAAGGCAGUGCGGUGAAGUGGUGCAGCCACCAGAUGUGUGUGGUGGUCACCUCCAUCCCUGCCCACACUGACCAGUGGGCUCCAGCACACCCCAGCCCUCCCAGCACCAGGCAGGUGAGAGGCAGUCCCAGGUGAGGGCCCACUCUGAGGAUCCUCUGUACCUCCCUGGAAAGUGUAUGGAGAGAAUCUUCCUCACAUCCCUUUUCCUUUUUUUUUUUUUUGAGAUGGAGUCUCCCACUGUCACCCAGGCUGGAGUGCAGUGGUGCGAUCUCGGCUCACUGCAACCUCUACCUCCGGUUCAAGCGAUUCUUCUGCCUCAGGCUCCCAAGUAGCUGGGAUUACAGGUGCCUGCCACCACGCCUAGCUAAUUUUUUUUUUUUUUUUUUGAGACGAGUCUCGCUCUGUCGCCAGGCUGUAGUGGAGUGGUACGAUCUUGGCUCACUGCAACCUCUACCUCCCGGUUUCAAGUGAUUCUGUUGCCUCAGCCUCCAGAGUGGCGAGUGGCUGGGACUACAGGCUUGUGCCACCAUGCCCAGCUAAUUUUUAUAUUUUUAGUAGAGACGGGGUUUCACCAUGUUGGCCAGGAUGGUCUCGAUCUCUUAACCUUCUGAUUUACCUACCUCAGCCUCCCAAAGUGCUGGGAUAUCUAAUUUUUUGUAUUUUUAGUAGAGACGGGGUUUCACCAUGUUGGCCAGGCUGGUCUCGAAUUCCUGACUUCGUGAUUUGCCCACCUUGGCCUCCCAAAGUGUUGGGAUUACAGGCGUGAGCCACUGCACCUGGCCGUCACACUCCUUUUUCAGACAACAAUCCUCAGAGGUUCUUAGCACCCAGGCAGGGGCUUGAGGGAGUUCAUGAACCCUCCCUCACAAAUGAGGGGCACAUGUUUGUGGGUGCAUGUUCUGUGAGUCCCAGGGGGUUUCUCAAGUGGGUCUUUGACCAAAGGAGGUUAAGGACCUCGACCUUCCAUGAUCUGUCCCAGGUAGGGGUCAGGAUUUGAGCUUUGGUCAGUGGGACUCCCAGGCUGUCCCCAUGAGUGGAAUCACAGGCUCUGAGGGGGGUUUUCUGGAGGUAAGGCUUUCCUGCAAACUGGAAGGCAGGUCUUGGGGACACUUGAGUCCCUGGACUUAACCCCCGUGCCCACCUCUGGGGUGUUUUGGCCCGGGAGGCCUGACUGGCUACUCACUCACCCACCCAUGGAACAUAACCGGGUCCUGGGCUGUGCCCCACCCUGGAUUCCAGCCCCAGCCCCUCCUGCCUCCAUCCCCCUUCCUGAGUGGCCCCCAACCUCCACAACAGGCCCCUCAUCCUCUGGCCUCUGGAGAUCUUAGGCAGCUCAGCUCAGCCUCGGUUUCAGCAGCAGGGGUGGCAAGAGUGCACCUGAGCUGAGGUUGAAGUGGGGGGUAGUUUUCUAGGCCGUUGCCAGGGUGAUGCCACCUGAGCUGGGCGCCAGGCACCUGUCGUCUGGGGAACAGUGCGGGCGGGGCCCUUCCCCCGGGAGCUAGCGGGGCCACUGGGCUGAGACGGGGGAUGGAUCAGAUUCCAGAGAGUCCCAGGCGGGCGGGAGUGUGCGAUACUCAGGGAGCUGGGGCAUGUUUGCAUCACGAAACUGGGCCGGGGGAGAGCAGAGGCGGCUGGGGAGGGGCUGCGGGAGGAGGAGGCUCAGGAAGGCAAGCCGACACCCCCUGUGUGCGUUUCUGUCCUGAGCCUGUUACUUUUUUGACCCCCGAUCCCUCUCUUCUUCCUCAGCUUGUCCUCCGUCUUCCCCUCCUUCACCCUUGGUUCCCACAAGCACAGAUGCUAUGGACGCUCUUCCUCCCCUGUCCCCACUCAGCCGCGGAGUCCCCCGCUGGCUCCCAGCCCCUCAUCCAUCCGCUGCCCACGAACCCCCAGCCCCGCACCCUCCCCGUGGCUCAGGUCUCCCCUAUCCCGGCCUCCCUGCACUUCACUCUGCUCCUCCCCUACCUGGGCCUUAAAACCCCGCCUGCAGCCGAGAGCCCGCAGAGUCCCCAGGUGGCACUGUCAGAGUCGCUCAGUGGGAACCUGCACCAGCCGGCAGGAGACGCAGAUGUCCUCAGCCUGGCAGUGCGUCCGGAGGGCCCGUGCGAGCUCAGCCCAGGUGUAACAGCGGGGUGGUAAGAGCAGCAGCACCCUCAGGGCAUCCGAUGGGCGGAGGCCCCUCGAGGUGACACCCACCACUCAGCCGAGUGGGACUAGGAGUCUGCUUUGUGCUCCACGAGGACCAGAAACACCUGCAAGAGGCACGGAGAGGAGGCGCCUUUCAAGAGGUUCACGGAACUGAGGACUGGCCUGGCUUGGGGACACCAACAAGCCUUCCCCCUCCUGCUGGACACAGAGACACCCACCCAGCACACCAGACACACCCUCUGAGUCACCUAGGCCGCCUGCGGCUGAGAAGACCUAACCGAGGGGCCUGAUGGCUUCGACCGGCUUAGAACUGCUGGGCAUGACCCUGGCUGUGCUGGGCUGGCUGGGGACCUUGGUGUCCUGCGCCCUGCCCCUGUGGAAGGUGACCGCCUUCAUCGGCAACAGCAUCGUGGUGGCCCAGGUGGUGUGGGAGGGCCUGUGGAUGUCCUGCGUGGUGCAGAGCACCGGCCAGAUGCAGUGCAAGGUGUACGACUCACUGCUGGCGCUGCCGCAGGACCUGCAGGCCGCACGUGCCCUCUGUAUCAUCGCCCUCCUGCUGGCCCUGCUUGGCCUCCUGGUGGCCAUCACAGGUGCCCAAUGUACCACGUGUGUGGAGGACGAAGGUGCCAAGGCCCGUAUCGUGCUCACCGCGGGGGUCAUCCUCCUCCUCGCUGGCAUCCUGGUGCUCAUCCCUGUGUGCUGGACGGCGCAUGCCAUCAUCCAGGACUUCUACAACCCCCUGGUGGCUGAGGCCCUCAAGCGGGAGCUGGGGGCCUCCCUCUACCUGGGCUGGGCAGCGGCCGCACUGCUUAUGCUGGGCGGGGGGCUCCUCUUCUGCACGUGCCCCCCGCCCCAGGUUGAGCGGCCCCGCGGACCUAGGCUGGGCUACUCCAUCCCCUCCCGCUCGGGCACGUCUGGACUGGACAAGAGGGACUACGUGUGAGGUGGAGGCUUCCCCUGGGAGCCCGCUGCUCCCCACUGCUCCGCCCCUUCAACCUUGGCCUGGUGACCAGAUGCCCUGCUCCAUCACAACCUCCUUCCCCAGGAAAACCCACUUUCCAAAAGCCCAAGCUACACCUGGCUGCAGGGCUGGGUCAGCUGGCCUGGCUGAGCUCUUCUCAGCGGGGUCCCUUUUGAUGUUCUCCCCCAAGUUGGGCAGCCCAGAGGUGUUGGGAACCCUGGCCUGCCUCCGUCUCCCCAGUAAUUGUUUUCUUCCGUUGCCCAGGACACUGGCUGGCCUUCCUUCUCUUCUGAGCCUUCCCCUGCCCCAGGAAUUCUGGCCUCACCAAAACAGCAGCAGCUCAUUGGCUCCAAAACCAAGGAGCAGACCAUGCCCUCCCAACCCUGGAGUUGUCAGGGAGGGCCUGCCCAUCACCUCCCUCUCCCCAACAUCCCCACCCUCCAGUUGGAAAUAAAGAGCAUUUGUAACUGG